UGCAGGACCCCGUCAGACUAUUCCAGGGCUGCAGUAUUGGGGACUGAGGCUCUGGACUGGGGAGGCGAGAGGUAAGGCAGGAGGCCGGCCGGGUGGAGGCAUCUCCCUCCGAGUCGGCCCCGUGAGCAGAGCCGCGCGGCCCGGGCUUAUAGCUCCGGGCUGGGAUUGGAGUUGCUCGGCGAAGGUAGGCGAAGAACUCGGCGAGCCCCGCACACACCAGUAGAAGCCGUGCGCCUGUGACGUCAGGGGGCGACUGACCAAUGGGGAGGCGCUGCCCUUUGGAGACAAACCAUUCGACUCGUGGCGUCUACAUCAAGUCUGAAAGCAGACGCGCAACUUUCGCAGAAUCCACCUUAAAAUCUCUGCCUUAAACUGCACCAGCCCCCAAAAAAUCCAAGGGGGGAAAGGAAGGGGGGGGAGAGCAGAUUCCCCCCUCCCCCCUCUCCUCUCCCAUCCCUCCCCCUUCCUCCUCCCUUUGAGUUAACAAGGCCCCGCUCACUAUAUCUCUUUAUAUUAAAAAUAUAUAUAUUAGAGAAGAGCGAAGGAGAGGGAGAACCACCUCCACCCCUUCUUUUUUUUAAUUUUAAUUUUUAAAUUUUUUUAUUAUUAUUAUUUUUUGCAAGGAUCCCAAGAGCUAAGGUGGCUGCAGAGGGGAGAGCGGCGCGAGCCAAGUGGGGGGAGGGUGGAGGAAACCCGGGAGAAGGCUUUCUCCAGCCCCCAAAGUUUUGAUGAUGACCAUGACUACGAUGGCUGACGGCUUGGAAGGCCAGGACUCGUCCAAAUCCGCCUUCAUGGAGUUCGGGCAACAGCAGCAGCAGCAGCAACAGCAGCAGCAGCAACAGCAACAGCAGCAACAGCAGCAGCAGCCGCAGCAGCAGCCCCAGCCGCCGCCGCCGCCGCCGCCGCCGCCGCCGCCGCCGCCGCCGCCGCCGCAGCCGCACUCGCAGCAGAGCUCCCCGGCCAUGGCAGGCGCGCACUACCCUCUGCACUGCCUGCACUCGGCGGCGGCGGCGGCGGCGGCGGCCGGCUCGCACCACCACCACCACCAGCACCACCACCACGGCUCGCCCUACGCGUCGGGCGGCGGCAACUCCUACAACCACCGCUCGCUCGCCGCCUACCCCUACAUGAGCCACUCUCAGCACAGCCCUUACCUCCAGUCCUACCACAACAGCAGCGCGGCCGCCCAGACGCGAGGGGACGACACAGAUCAACAAAAAACCACAGUGAUUGAAAACGGGGAAAUCAGGUUCAAUGGAAAAGGCAAAAAGAUUCGGAAGCCUCGGACCAUUUAUUCCAGCCUGCAGCUCCAGGCUUUAAACCACCGCUUUCAGCAGACUCAGUACCUGGCCCUUCCCGAGAGAGCUGAACUGGCAGCUUCUUUAGGACUGACACAAACGCAGGUGAAGAUAUGGUUUCAGAACAAACGCUCUAAGUUUAAGAAACUGCUGAAGCAGGGCAGUAACCCCCAUGAGAGUGAUCCUCUCCCGGGCUCAGCGGCCCUGUCGCCACGCUCGCCGGCUUUGCCUCCGGUGUGGGACGUUUCUGCCUCCGCCAAGGGCGUUAGUAUGCCCCCCAACAGCUACAUGCCUGGCUAUUCGCAUUGGUACUCCUCUCCACACCAGGACACGAUGCAGAGACCACAGAUGAUGUGAGUUGUCAAGGGGAAUCGAUUCCCUAGGGAAACGUCCGAAUGCAAGGAGGAUCCAGGACCUGCGCUUGCAUCUGCCAAAUCGAGCCGAAGGAGCAGGCUCAGGAGAACUCUUAAUUGUGGCGAGACCGUCUGGGCGCUUGCUGUGCGAGCUCUCUCUCUCUCUCUCUCUCUCUCUCUCUCUCUCUCUCUCUCUCUCCCCCUCCUUCCCUCUUCUAUUUUUCCUCCUUCCUUCUUUCCCUCCUUCCUUUCUUUCCCUUCCUUCCCUUCCUCCUAUCUUUCUCUUCUUCUCAUCUGCUUUUUCCCUUGAGCAGCCUCAGUAAUUGAUCUUUGCAUGGGGGUUGGGGGGAGGGCAGAGGAGAGAUCCAGAGAGCCUAGACUGGUUUCUAUGCCAGUGCUCCUGAAACCCCUCCCUGUAAGGAUCGUUUCCCCCCCACACACCCCUUAUCCCUUGGGAUCCAGGCUCUAGCCUCUUCUUCUUUUGGGGAGUAUCCAUCAAAAAUUAUUGAAAAAAAAAAAACCUUUUUUCCACACCAGAGGAAUCUGCACAAACAUGGCAGCGUUUUACUUGUUUAAUGAGCUUAAGACAUUACACGAUGAAAGAUAAGCAUUUGGGACUCCUGAAUUUUUAUUUACCAAUCCCAGACUGACAAAAAGAAAAAAAAAAGAAAGAGAGAAAGAAAGAAAAAAGAAAAAAAGAAAACAAUCCCUCACAUAACACCCUCUCUAAAGAAAAGGGAAAAUCGGCUGUAAGGGCAGAACAUUGCCACAGAGGGAACGCUGCAUGUUUUAUCAAAAUGCAAUGAGCAAGAAUGAUGGUUUAAAAAAAAGAAAGAAAAGAAAAGAAAACCACUCUUUCCCCAUCCCACCCCAAACCCUGAACUGGAAUCAGGAAAGACAGAAGAAACAACCAAAAUCACCAUUCUAUUGCUUUGAUACCUUUACUAGGUGAAAUGGUGGCGUUCACUAAGCUAAUAGGGACGUUUAUAUUGAGAAACAUUUCUGUAUAUAUUGUUGAAUUUUAGUUGUACAUAUACUUUGUAUGUUUUUGUCUUCUUUCAUAUAUGGAGUAAAAGCCACAAAAUGC